GAGGUCGGACGCUCGCCUCGCUGGCUUUCCCUCCAAAACAACUUUUCGAUCGGAAAAGGAUAUAACAUUCGAUUUUGUAUCCUAUGAUGAAUACUAAAGAGUUGACCACAUUAGAAUAACUAAUAAUAAGUUAUUAGUGAAGCGUUUAUAUAUAAGUGAAUUUUCAGUGAUGUAGGUUUAUGGUUGGGAUAUAAUAAAUGCCUGUGUUUCCGCAAGCAGUGAUGUGGUCGCGCAAGCAAUCAGUGUGUAGCGCGGUGAGCGGCGCGUCGAAGGGCGAAGACGAUCCGCUCGGCGGCGGCCUGCAGCUCUACCCCUUCGCCAUCGCUUUGCGGGUGCGAGUGCUGCAGAUCGUGUGCGGUAUCGGCGGAAUAGUGGUGGGAGCUGUGGGCUGGUUGGAGGAGAGACAGCAGGUCGAGCUCGGGCUCGGAGUGCCGGCGGGGGGCAUCACAGUACUGGCGGCAGCAACUUCAGUGUACUACAGUCGUGGCUUCGGCGGCUGGCCGUACUCGAGGGCGGGUGCGCCGCGCGCGUGGGGCGCCCCGUGGCGCGCGCUGGGCCCCUCGCCAUGCGCCGCCGUGCCUCUCACGCUGUUGUGGACGGCAGCUCUAACAGCCCACGUUGCCAUGCUGGCCUUUUGUAUCAGAUCGCUCUUAAAUAUCGGAUGCGGCAGCAGUACGUGCAUAGGCGUGGCGGGUGCGCAGUUGUCUGUGUCCGUGUCGACGCUAGCGGCUGCCGUGUUCAUGCUGCAGCUCGACCUGCGGUACGAUGCGUCGCUGUCCCCACCGCCGCGUCACUCUGAUAUGCACACCUGCACUGCUGUGUCUAUGGUGCCGCUGACGUCGGUGGCGGUGCACAGCGGGAACAGCGGUGACGCGGAAGGCAGCCCACACGAGAAGACCAAGGAGGCCCCGUCGCCGCUGGAACCCACCUGAUGCAGCAGCACCUAAAUCCAUUCCACAUGCGAGCUUGUACAUCGGAUUCCUUACUACAAAUAAAUCGAAUGAAUCGAGUGAAUGUGUCAUAAGGAUAUGCCGGUCAUAGAAAAACUCGCUGCGUCAUUUUCUAACGCUCGUGUAGUGUGUGCUGACUAUAAAUUAUUGAGGGUUGCGCCAGCUUGGGCAAGUCAAUUACUGGGCAAACAAAUAACGUGACCUCAAGAUCCGAAAUAACUGCAUAAUGAAAGAUCGUUCUUAUACUGAUUCGUCAAAGCAGUUAACUCGCUCGCGCUCGGCGAACGGCUGAAUGUUGCUGGACUCAAAAGCCCAGUAGAGCUCUAUAAAUAUAGUCAAUGUGGACUUACUUGCGUUAUCAAAGCUUUUGACUGAAACUAUAAGUUACCAAAAUAAAGAUAUAUUUUUUUGUAAAAAGAGUAUUCUUGAUGUGUUUAAUUAUGUAU